CUGUGACAUCACAAUGUUCCUGAAUAAUGUCUUUAGAGAAACAAAAACAAAAAUUGGAAUCUCUACUGAAUUACAGUAAGUUUUGAAUGGCAGUUUAUUUCAUUUUGACUUAUUGUGCUGUUUGGAGUAUAAUACUAAGUGAAACUGCAUGCUGGGGAUUACAGUCAAGAAAUGUAUCUAAACAGAUAAAAGAGAAACCCUCAAAUGUUAAGCAUGCAGAUACCAUUAAUAGAAGCCAUUUUGAUCAUUCUCCCAAUGAACAGAUAAAUUCUAACAAAAAUAUCACAGAACUCAAACCUUUAAUGAAAAGACAGAAACGCCAUGGUGAAACAUUAUUUCCUUUACCACCUAGAUUGGUUUUGCUGGCAGUGGUCUAUCUCAAACAGAUUUUCCAUCAAAUCAAUAUUAGUGCUUAUCAUAGUGUAACCCUGUCUUGUGAUAAUGUUAUAUCCAGAGCUAUCUAUGAUGAAUUCCCAAUGGCCAUUCUGUUCUGGGAAUUUAAUGACGAACCAUUUAAUAUUGAUCCAUCUUCCAUGCUUUAUAGAUCCAUACCUAAUGAAUUGGUCCUUAUCUCAGCACAACCAAAGGACAGUGGUGUUUAUACGUGUCAAAUGACACAGAAUUUCAAGUGGGUUCAAGUGGUGGAUGUGUUUGUCCUACAGGUAUAUUCAGAAGAAGUGAAAACAUAUUACAAAGAGAAAACCAAACUGCGUUUGAGCUGCCAUGGUGAGGCACUGAUGGAAAUAUUUUCUGGUGUGAAAAGGAUAUGGUAUCGUAAUGAUUCUGCGGUAUAUAUUAAUGAUGAUGUUCAAUCAGAUGUCGUUGAUAUUCCUCCAGAAAAGUUACAUGACCAUGAUCAAUGGCAAUGUUGUAUUGUUCAAGGUCACAGACGCUGGAUUACAGCAAACUAUACACUUUUAUCGAUGCCAUCCAUCCCAUUUUCAAUGACUACACUCUCCCUAGUAGCUCUGCUACUCUCGUCUGCCAUUCUAGUGGCUUUCAUCACUUUAACUGUCUGCUUCAGUAUUCGCAAGAGAAAAAAAACUGAAAUAAAAGAUCGAAGUAUUUGAAGAA